CCCAACGGAAGAUCAGAAACAGGAGCUUGCCCUGGCCACUAAUUUGACAGUUCACCAAAUUAGCAAUUGGUUCAUCAACGCGCGAAGACGGAUUUUGCAACCCAUGCUGGAUAAGGAUCAGAAUCCUGAAUUGGAUAUCUAUCCUUACGAGUGUAGUUCAGAUGAAAAUCUCAAACGUUCGCGGUGUUAGUUGAUCCCUGAAGAAGCAUAGCUGGAUCUUCUUUGCCUUUCGUAACAGGUCGUUUCCCAAACCCUUCUCUUUAGUAUGUUCUUACUCUUUUUCUUUCCUUUUCCAUUGCUUUUUCUCCCCUUCCCCAUUUCAAUAUCUAUCCCUCACUUACCUUACCUUCGCCCCUCUUCCCUACCCAGUUUGUUAUCUUUUUCACCAAGCUUUUUCUGGGAUGUCCCAGUUUUUGAACCCUCUCUCCAAUCCUCCAAAAUCCUUACCUGCAUUUUCCUCUUUUUAUUUGAUGCACCAAAAUGGAUUGGAGAGGCGGGAUCCUGGCGCUCGGAGACCAUGUACAGAGGUCUCGAGCGGCUGGUAGCCGGUUAUCUUUCUGUUGUAGUCCUUAUCGACUAUCUCAAAAAGAUGACUCGAAAAAACCAAAAAAACUUCGUACAAAGAUGUUUCUAUAUUUUGUAGUUUUCACCCUUAUCCCCAAUUUUUUUUUCUGGUCUAUAUGUUUAUAUAAAAUGUAUGUUUGGAUAUCUUGUCUAACCCCAAGAAAAAAAAGUCAGA